AUGGCGACAGUAGACCCUGAGAUCGUGCCUUUCCCUGAGGCUCCCACUUCAGCGAGCCCAAGCUCAUCGGCAGACCAAAUCCCACUCCAGCAGGCCCAGAAAGUGAAAGGGCGACAUAGGCUCCUGCAGGGUCUCCAGCGCUUUUCCUCCAGUCCGUCGUUGACCCGGCGCAAUCGAUCUCGAUCGGCGUCCACCACCUACCGUCAGAAUGGGGCUUCGUUGUCCUGUGUCUCGCUCUCUCAGUCAGCGUAUGCUCCCUGCUCGAGCAAUGGAAGCGCAACACAGCUCUACGGUGGUUUGAACAUCCGUCCUACAACCCCGGGGCCCACUGGAUCGCAUGCGGCAGAUGAUCAGGAAGGCAAUGCGCGUAUUCGGUUUGUCGCGGACACCAUCAACGGGCCGCAGCCUAAAAAAAUUGCGCUGCCCACUGAAAUGAGGCCUGGAUCUCGGGGUGCUGUGCUUGAAGACACUGCUCUCAUUGCAAAGCCAAAGCAGUUCGAUUUCUGGGGCAAGAUGCCUAAUGAGCUCGGGAUGCUGAUAUUCAGCUAUCUCACUCCAAAAGAGAUUAUUCGCUGCUCGACGGUUUGCAAAUGGUGGCACAGAAUGUGCUAUGAUGGGCAGCUGUGGACUGUAAUUGACACCACGGACUACUACAGCGACAUAUCAUGCGACGCGCUCAUGAAGCUCAUUAUGUCUGGUGGUCCUUUCAUAAAAGAUUUGAACCUUCGGGGAUGUGUCCAGUUGCGAGAGAGGUGGGAGAACGAAAUCGAUGAGAUCACGGCCGUGUGUCGGAAUGUCGUGAAUUUCUCUUUGGAAGGAAGCCGUAUGGACAAAUAUCCUGUCCACUCUUUUAUUGGGCGGAACCAGCGACUGCAGUACGUCAACCUGGCGGGCCUAGACAGUGUGACGAAUGCAACGAUGAAAAUCAUAGCGAAGUCAUGUCACCAGCUACGGACUCUAAAUGUCUCGUGGUGCACGAACGUUACUGCCACAGGCCUAAAACGAGUUGUAAAGGCUUGCCCUAUAUUGGCAGAUCUUCUGGCCAGCGAAAUCCUUGGGUUCGACGAAGUGGAACUUUCCUCGGAGCUAUUCAAGCGGAAUACACUGGAGCGUCUGGACAUUAGCCGGACGGAUAUCACCGAUGAGAGUUUGAAAGUACUUAUGCACGGCAUCGACCCGGAAAUAGACAUACUGGAAGAGCGCGCUAUCGUUCCGCCUCGACGGCUUAAGCACUUAGAUCUCCACCAGUGUUCUGAGCUUACGGACGACGGUGUGAAGACUCUUGCGCAUAACGUUCCCCAUCUUGUAGGGCUCCAGCUCUCGGGUUGCCCUGAGCUGACCGAUAAUUCCAUUGUGCCCGUUAUCCAGACAGUGCCACAUCUCACCCAUCUGGAGCUCGAGGAGCUGGAGCACCUCAGCAACAGGACGCUUCUUGAGCUUGCAAAAUCUCCAUGUGCUCCCUUCAUCGAACACAUUAACAUCAGCUCCUGCGAAUCUUUGAGUGACCCAGGAAUGCUCCAGGUGAUGAAAAGCUGCCCGUCACUUCGAUUCGUCGAGAUGGACAACACUCGCAUCUCGGACUUGACGUUAUCGGAAGCCAGCUACCGCGUUCGCAAGCGAGGCUAUGACGAAACCCUUCCUCAGAUUGGCCUGCGCAUUGUUGCCUUUGACUGCCCAAACGUAACCUGGGUCGGCGUAAGGGAUAUCUUAGCGGGAAACGCCUAUAUUCCGCGUCAAUAUAAAGUCCCAGUUCCUGAAGCGGUAUCCGUCAUCAACCAAGCUCUAAACUCUAGCAAAACUUCUGGAUCAGCAUCCGAACCCUUAAAGCCAAUGAUCUCGUCUUCGAUCACACCACCGCCCCCACCCACCGUUUAUCCGAACCACAUCAUCCAGCUGAAGUGCUUCUAUGGCUGGCAAGCGACCGUGGAGGAACAUACCAAGCGCGUUCUGCGCGGCGACCUAGCGGCCGCCAACCGUCUUGAGAAGAAGUGGUUCGAUUACAUGGUUGCUACCGAAGAAGCAGGUCUUGGUGGUGCUGGCGCGAGAAGACGACGGCGGAGAGCGCGUGAGGCAGAACGCAUCUAUAACGAGGAUGACGAGGAAGAGCCGUAUUUCGGAUUGCUGGGGGGCAGACGACGAGCACGCAGCGGCGGGAGCUGUGUGGUCAUGUAAGCUGCCUUUACUGCGCAAGAGUUCAUGGUACUAAACCAGCUCCGGUUCGGUGGCCGAUGGUUUAGUAACCCGUUUACAUUGGUCGGAUGCUGGGCAGUCUCGAUGCUGUGCUGGUCAUGGUCUUGCUGAGGCUGCCUACCCUGCUCAUUCAUGUCAUUUCACGUCAUGGACUGACAAAAAUGUUCUGCGACACAGCAUUGCAACGAACACACAAACCCUAGUUCAAUGCCAAUACCGACACCUUCCUUCACACAUCCUAUCCGAGCUCUUGAGGUAAUCGCCAUGUCCGGGCGGUCAUUGUCAUUGGCCAUGCUCUACCUAUCCACCUUCCAACUAUGUUGUGUCAUAUCAUGUCAUAUCCUGUCUAGAAUGGUUGGUGAAGCUCAAGUCUGAUUUCAAAUACUACUGGGCCGCGUCUCGCACCAUCGAAUUUCCUACUGUUAGCCUAUUAGCCGGCCUUUUCCUUCUUAGGCUAUAUCGGGGAUCUUGCAUUUUCAGCCCACAUGCAUGUGAUUUUGCUGUUGGGAGUUACUGCGUAACUUAACUACAUAGCUAGACGAAGAAUGGUUCUCAUAG